UGGAAGUUAUCGUGGAGAAGAAGGCGCGAAGGAUUGUGAGGGGGAGGUGGCAUGUGGAGGCGAGCAACGAAGCGGCGGCGGCGGCGCCGGCUGUUGCCGCGCCCGCGCCCAGGGUUGUUCGGGUUCUCUGCAGAGACCACGACGCCACGGACUCCUCCGGCGACGACGAUGGCGAGGACGACGCGCCGCGGCGUGCUCGCCUCCUCGUGCACGAGAUCCACGUCGCGCGGCAGCCGGUGGCCAUGUCGCCAGCGGCGGCGAGCUCCAGCCAGAGACGUCGUGUCGGCCCGAUGAAGAGGACGGAAUCGGCGGUGGAUGCGACGAUGGACGCGACGGCGGCGGCGCCGGAGAGGAAGUUCCGCGGGGUGAGGAAGCGGCCGUGGGGGAAGUACGGGGCGGAGAUCCGCGUGUCGCAGCAGAGCGCGCGCGUGUGGCUCGGCACGUUCGACACCGCCGAGGAGGCCGCGCGGGUGUACGACCACGCCGCCCUCCGCCUGCGCGGGCCGUCCGCCACGACCAACUUCCCCAUGACGCCAGCGGCGCCGUCGCCUCCUCCCUCGCGCGCCACCUACGCCGGCGCGGCGUCCGGGUACGACGAGUCCAGCGACGAGUCGCAGCUCGUCGGCUCGCCGGUCUCCGUGCUCCGCCCAAUGCCGGCGCGCGCAACGGCCAAGAAAGAGGCCAAGGAAGAAGACGACUCCGCCCCCGAUAUCCUCGGCAUCUCCGCCGGCGACGGCUUAAUCUCCCCGUUCACCUGCGACGUCCUGAAUUUCCCACCGCCCGACGAGGACAUGUUCGGCGGCGGCAUCUCCUUCGGCGAGCCGACACCGCCACCCAUGGUGUUCGACGACGACUGCAUGGCGCGCCUCGGCCACGCCCCCAACGACGACGAGCACCCGGUGACGAGCUCGUCCUUCCUCGACGGCGAUCUCGGCGACCUGCCGUCGUGGACGGAGGUGGACGGCUUCUUCAGCGACGUCGGCGGCGACGACCUGUUCGCCGCCGAGCCGUUCCCGGCGCUCUGA